AUGCUCUUGCUGAAAAGGAAGCUGCUACUAAGCUGCUUUGCGGUGCUUGGUGCGAUUGUCGUGCUUUUCUCCGUGCGCAAUCUCUUCAAUCCGACUCCGACGAUCAGAGAACGCGUAUACACGGAGCUGUUCGAGAAUAUCGAAAAGUUCAGACCAAUACGACCCCCAAAAGACAGGUAUGCCAAGUUGAGACUACCAUCCUGCGACAUGUCCAACACGGGCAUUAACACGGGCGAUUCGGUAGAGCGCACGACAUACGAAAACCUCGAUCAUUGCUACCAUAUUUCGAAAACCCAAUUUGAGGGGCUCCAGGCUCCGCACACAGGGUUUCUGACUUCUCUCAAGACGGCUUUCAACUACGAAGAGGGCUCUUCCGUUCUCGAUUAUCUUUUCCCCGAGGAGAAGGGGUUUGUCACUGUGGGAGGAGGUCGGUUUUCGUUACUGUCCUAUACCAUGAUCAAGACCCUGCGUGAACGCGGCUCCAAACUUCCAAUCGAGGUUAUAAUUCCACCCCAGGAUGAGAAGGGGGAAGCCCAAUAUUGUAACGAGAUUUUACCGCAACUAAAUGCCCGGUGCGUUUUUUUUAGCGACGUUUUGCCCUCAUCAUUGGUUGAAAACUGGACGUUUGAAAAAUAUCAAAUCAAAGCCGUUGCUUUACUUAUCUCGAGUUUCAAAAAAAUCGUGUUUAUCGACGCGGACGACUACCCAUUGAAAAGUAUCGACUCCAUUUUCGAAAGUAAAGUGGUCCAAGAGCACGGCUUAGUAUUAUGGCCAGAUCUGUGGAGACGUGCCACUGCCCCUGUGUUUUACAGACUCGCCAACAUUGAAGUUAGCUUAAUGCGCAGAGUUCGUAAUCUCGGGGAUGACGUAACCCCUGUUUCACACUACCAAAACACCGAAGAAGAAUUAGACUUGAAGAAGAUUCCAUUUCACGAUAUGCAAGGAACGGUCCCCGACCCAACUACCGAAUCUGGUCAGAUGGUCAUUGACAAAGUUCGUCAUUUCCGUACGUUACUAUUGGCGCUCUACUACAACGUUUAUGGACCCCAAUGGUACUACUCUUUGUUUUCUCAAGGAACAGCCGGUGAGGGAGACAAAGAAACGUUUGCAACAGCGGCACAUGUUCUUGGACUACCCUACUAUCAAGUCAAAACCAAGCUAGCUUUUGACGGUUACUACAAUCCAGACCCUGAAGCUAAAAACGAUUUCAGAGGUGUAGCUCUAUAUCAACACGAUUGUACGCAAGAUUUCGAACUUCAUGAAAAGGCUCGUUUGCUUGUUCUUGACAAGAUCGAAGAAUACAAAAAGUUUAACAAGGAUUACAAUCCGGAAGAAAAUUUCUACAAAGACCUAAUGAAACCCGAGGACAAAUCUGAUAUCGAUGUGAUGUUCGCCCAUGCAAGUUUCCAUAAGUUCGAUCCAUGGCAACUAUAUCACGAAAACGUUUAUUUGAAGCCCGAUGGAUCUCAGUUGCGAACUUUCCGCAAUCUCAAGAAGAUCAAUAAUUUUGACAUUGAAUUGUUCAAUUUCGAGGUUUUGCAGGCCGCCAUGUGUUCUGAAAAACCGAUCCAGUUUGCAUAUUUUCAAGAUAAGUUGACCUCUCCAGAAUGGCCUCAAGUAUGUGAAUAUGUCGCCAACCGUGUCAAAUUCUUAAAGGAAACACAUGAUGAAGCUACCGGCAAAGCAUAA